AUGGAUCAAAACACGCAUGUCUCGGUCCUAGGACAAAAAGUCCAUGAUAACGAGAUGAUGAUGGGGAUGAUACUCACACAAAUGGAAUAUAUAAGGAAUAAACUGAAAAAGUCCUCAGGUACCAUGAUGGCGCCGAAAGAGGGAGGUGACAUCAUCGCUGGACAACAUGAUUCGUGGUACAAUGAUAUUGAAAGCUGUAAAGAAGCAAUUGAAGCCAUAAAACAGGUUCGAGGCAUGCAUACAAUCAGAAUUGAUUAUGGAGAGCAGGACUGUACCAGAAUACAAACUCUCACUUCCGCAAUCAAGGGCAUAGAAGAAAGAUUGAAAGGGGUUGAUGCUAAGCUUGAUCACCUGGAAGAAGAAGAAGUCAAGUCAAACCUUUUGGGCCUGGUUCAAGUGCCUGUAUGCAAUGAGCUUUCCACCGUAGACAACAGCACAAAAUCAGUUGAUUUACACAUGUUCAACGAGAAAUUGGCUACUCAGGAAAAGGCGAUCAUCAAGCAAAUAUUCAAACAUGUCGAAAAUUUGUUGGCAGCUCAGGCAAAUCUGAUGGCAGGCGCAAGAGAUGAAGAUCAAAAGCAUAUGGCUGGACUUGUUCGCAAAGAAAUCAACAAUCUACAUCAAGAACUAUUAAUCCAAAAUGCAUCACACGAUGUGACUAUGAUGAAAAAUCAGGUCGACCCACUGGCUUCGGAAAUUCAAGAAUUGAAAACAAUCGUGCAGACACUUCGAAGUACAGUGGAAACACAGAGGAAUACGAUUGAACUAUGCUCCCAAAAGGUUGAACUUUUGGAAGAGGCUCCGCAGUUAUCACUACUCAAGGAUACAGGUGAUGAUAUGGAUAUUGAAAAACCGGAGGAUCUUCUGGAACGCAGAGUGUCCGCUGUCGAAUCAUCCCUUUUCUCGGUAGAAGCCGAGGCCCAGCGUGAAGCCGUGGAUGCUGAGAAGUUCGUAAGAUUUCAAGAGAACAUGCUAACAUUGAUUAAGGCAAUGAUAGAAGAAAGCAGCCAAAUCAAAUCGGCGGAAGGGGUGGGUGAUCAAAGCAUGAUAACAGAGUCUGAAGAACCCAAGUUAGACCUUGAAGAAGAAUUCAAUAGCAGAUUUUCGGCCUUGAGGAAAACAAUAGAUGAUCAUGUCGAGAAACAGAUAGCCAUCACAAUUGAAAGAAAUGCAGUACAAGAGAAAAAAUCUGAUGUUUCCGAAGAUCUGCGACUUCAAAUCGUGGACCUGAAACUUCGCGAUGAGGAGAAUCGGAGGCAGAUCUCCGAUCAAGCCAAAGCUAUAAACAAUAUCUCUGCCGGGCUGUCACAUCCCGACCAUGCAUAUUCUUACACUUCUCAGAAGCCUUCAGAGAUCGAAAUUCGAGAACGAGAAUCGCCCCAUAGUGAACCCUCGAUCGAUGGCCGCAAUGACCGCCAAAGUGUGGAUAUUUUGCAAGGCGUAUCGCAAUCUCAUUUGCAAGUCUCAGGCCUGAUAGACCAACACACAUCGAAUUUACAAACUGCUUCGCACCUCGAGGGUACCACUACCAGUAGCUCGACAAAUCCGAUUGAUCAACAUUCGCAAUCCUCCUUCCAAGGCUCGGUGCCUGUGCACAACCCGGCAAAUCAUCCAUCAUUUUCACAAACUUCCUCGAAUUGUGAUGGUGCCACUAGAAGUAGCUUGGCCAAUCCAACUUUUCAAGAUUCGCAGUCUUCGUUUCCAGCGUCAGUGACCAUGCACAACUCAGAAAAUUAUCCAUUGACUCCACGAACAAAUUCACACCUCGAGGGCGAAACUAGUCACACCAGGAACAACCAACCCCGGAAAGCAUCUGUCCCAAGGCGAUCACAGAAGUGGAGGAAAUCUAGCAUAACACCACAGAAGCCCAAGGACCCGACUCUUCGGAAGGAAAGACUUUUGAUGUCUUCGCAAGCAAAAGAGGCUGAUGAACAAAUAGCAAGUCAGGUGCAGAAGCAUUUUCGACUUAUGGCUGGGGUGGAUCGGCGUAAAGCAGACUUUCCAAGAUCGCCAACAAGAGAAGAACUCGAUAAACUACCAAAACUGACUGUGGAUUACGAGACGGCACCGCUUGGCGAGGCAGCCCGAAACCUCAUCAGACCUGACCACCUUCAACCAACUUGGAAAGACGAAGAAAUGGAACUUACCGCAAAGGGUAUGGUUACAUAUUGCCGGCGUAGACUUCAGCAGUAUGGCCUUCCUUACGUUGGCUUGAGCACUGCUCAGGGAGAUGCACAAGGAGAAGACUGGAAUAGGCGUGUUCUUGCAUUCUGCACGGAUACAUUUAACAAGGCGUAUGUGGGUCAAGAGUAUCACAUUGUGGAUCAUGACCCGCAACGCAUCAUGAAAUUGAUGCAAGCACAUAUUCAAUACCGUGUGAAGCAUAUGAGAAAGUACAAUAACCAAAUAGAUGCACUUCAGAUGGUCCAAAAACGAGACCGUCAGCAACAAAGAUGUUUACGGGCGGGAGGUUUGCGAGCUUGA